GAGCAUCGUCCUAAUCAAGACCUGGUUCAUUCUAAUCAGGAUAAGAUAUAAAUUAUUCAAUCCUCCACAAAAAGGUAUUUCUUUCUUCUUUCUCUUCUGUGAAAAAGAAUAUCACAACAAUGGCGUAGAUAUCGCCUCCCCAUGUGCUCUUCUACACCACCUAUUUAUAUCAUCAACCCACUUUGCUCUGUUUACCUCUCUGAUAUAUAUUUUUUUCUUUUUCAAUCUCUCACACACAACCACUCAGACUCUUCUGAUUCAGUGUUCGAACUUUGAAUCAUGUCGCUUGCUCUGCAGAGCAAUGGAGAGGACACGAUCCGACGGCAGAGAUUCAUCCACGGUAUGCCUUGUAUGUCGAUCUACGACUCAUCGGAUCCCAAAAUAUUCGCCGGAGAUCGGCGAAUAGAGCCGGAUAUGGAAUCUUGUAGCUCAUCUUCUCUUGGGAGGAAUUCCGGCGUGUCUGAUGAGUCUUCCAACGGCGAAGAUUCGGCCGAUGAUGAGGUCCAGAGCUCGUUUAAAGGACCCUUAGACACCAUGGAUGGGCUUGAGGAAGUUCUUCCCAUCAAGAGAGGCAUAUCCAAGUUUUACAAUGGCAAAUCCAAGUCCUUCACAAGCUUGUCAGAUGCUACAUCUGUCUCAUCUAUUAAAGACUUUGCAAAGCCAGAAAAUCCCUACACCAGGAAGCGCAAGAAUUUAAUAGCUCGCUCUAGCCUCUUGGACAAAAACCGGACCUACUCUUUGAAGGACCUUGCAAGCGGAACUUCUAAGAGAACAGCCAGCUCAAGUCGUAGCUCAUUCCUACUUGGCGAAGCUUUGAAUAGCUCAGGUAACAACAUUAACAACGAGGACUUGAACUCGAUUUCAACUUCUCCAUCUUGCAGUCGUCCACCUUUGCAUCCGCACGUUAAGCGAUCACCAACAAAUGGAUCAUCGUCACCUCCUCAACGACAAUCUCCAUGGCGCUCCUUCUCUUUAUCCGAUCUGCAGUCUGUUGCUGCUGCUGCUUCGACAGCUAACUUGAGAGGCUUGGCUAUCUCUAGUGGAGGCGAUGACGAAUAAUUACAUUAAAAAGUUGAGACUUGGCUGAAAUUUUCAGUUUUUGACAUGCUGGGAGUAUGUCUUUUGUGUUGAAGAUCUUCAUUAUUAGCUAUUUCCCAGUUUGUUCUGGGGUUUCUCUAGCUUAAUUAUGUGCUAACUCAUCAGAGUCUACUUAGUUAUGUAUUUGUUUCUCAUCAAUUACUCACUUCAGAUGUUACUUUUUAAUGCUUAUACUACUACACAUAACUACAAGUACUAAAUGUUACUUUCUUUGCUCUUUGUAUAUAUAUAUUCUCGAUUACUAGUCA